GUCGCUGUUCCCGAUCCUAUAUAUGCAUCUGAUGCAGUAGAGCCCUGUUAGAUCUUUAUAAAUCCUCCUCCGGCGCGAAUAAACGCCCCUGGACUGAAGGAAACACACAGUCUCUGAGAUUCAUAGCAGUGAACAGGUUUAGCACAAAACAACUCCUGCUCCUAACAGGCUAAAGAUGCCCAAUCCACCAACCCAGUGACUCCAAGAUGAAUUCCCAAUGAAUCCCUCAUCCACGAUGAACACUUCAGAGGCCACCCUGUCCCUUUGGGCCAUCCAUGUCAACUCCAGUCCUGUUUCAUACUUCCUCAACGCCACCGAGAACUCAUCCAACGCCAAGCCCAAAGCAUGCGAACAGCUCAACAUAGCCACCGAGGUGUUCCUCAUCCUUGGCAUCGUCAGUCUGCUGGAGAACAUCCUGGUCAUCUGCGCCAUAGUGAAAAACAAAAACCUCCACUCGCCCAUGUACUUCUUCGUCUGCAGCCUGGCCGUGGCCGACAUGCUGGUGAGUGUCUCCAACGCUUGGGAGACCAUCGUCAUCUACUUACUCACCAACCGCCAGCUGGUGGUGGAGGACCAUUUCAUCAGACAGAUGGACAACGUUUUUGACUCUAUGAUCUGCAUCUCUGUGGUGGCAUCCAUGUGUAGUCUUCUAGCUAUAGCCGUUGAUCGCUAUGUCACGAUUUUUUAUGCUUUAAGAUAUCAUAACAUCAUGACGGUGCGCCGGGCCGCGCUCAUCAUCGGUGGGAUUUGGACCUUCUGCACAGGCUGUGGAAUCGUCUUCAUUAUCUACUCUGACAACACGUCUGUCAUUGUGUGCUUGGUCUCAAUGUUCUUCAUCAUGCUCGUGCUCAUGGCCUCCCUCUACAGCCACAUGUUCAUGCUGGCACGAUCUCACGUCAAACGCAUCGCCGCCCUGCCGGGCUACAACUCCAUCCACCAGAGAGCCAGCAUGAAGGCGGCUGUCACCCUGACCAUCCUUCUGGGGAUCUUCAUCGUCUGCUGGGCUCCGUUCUUUCUCCACCUCAUCCUCAUGAUCUCCUGUCCCAGAAACCUCUACUGCAUGUGCUUCAUGUCGCACUUCAACAUGUACCUCAUCCUCAUCAUGUGCAAUUCAGUCAUUGACCCUCUCAUUUACGCGUUCAGGAGUCAGGAGAUGCGGAAAACGCUGAAGGAAAUCAUCUGCUGCUACAGCCUGAGGAACGUCUUUGGAAUGUCCAGAUAGUUUUACCCCCCCCCCAGAAAAAAAGAGAUGGAUUAUCAUUUCACAAGAAUUUAAGAAGUCUGAGAAGAUGU